AUGCAUGAACUUUUAAGGCUUGAUGGCUUGUAUUACCACAAUUCUCCUAACCAUGGAUUGUUUUCCAUCAUCAAUAAGUUCGAAAACCUUCUAAAUGUCAAUACAUUGAAUUUACCUGCAAGUUGCUACCCAACUAAAGAAGAACUACAAGAUUUUUCAGUCAAAAUGAUGGAGUUACCAAUGAUUCCACUACAAUCAAACCUGAAAAUCUCGCCAAGAAGAAGAUUUUCAACGGAUAUCCAAAAUUACUCACCAGUUACACAAUAUACAGAGACUGCUCCAGAAAGAUUCGUUUCAGCAACAGCAGAAACAACUCCAAGAAGAAAACAAGCUCCGAUAUUAAAAAUUGCAUUUCCAAAGAGGAAAAUUCGGGUUCCAAACAAACAGAUCAAUCAUUCUAUGACACUAGCAUCAUUCAAACAUGCUAGUACUCCUAAUAAAUACUACAGAGUUACAGCAAGCACGGAUUUCAUCGAAACAGAGCCAGUUGUAACAGCAGUGAAGACAAAAAGAAGAGCCAACUCAGUAAGAAAAGAUAAUUCUGAUGAACCGAAAAGAAAUCUCGCAAUUAGAGCUCCAGAUACUCCAAAAAGCAAUCCAAGGUUCUCAAAAGUAUGA